AGGGAGGCAAGGGGGAAUGAGAGAGAGAGUAUGAGAGAGAAAGAGAGAGAAGGAGAGAAGGAGAGAGAGACAAGCUGAUUGCUUCUGCUACUGACAAACAAUACUCCACACACACAACACACACUACUCCACAUACACAACACACACAACUCCACACACACACAACACACACACACACACACUCUGAGAGAACUCCCAACACAACACACCUUGCUGGAUCCUGGAGCUUGGAGCUUCGUAUUGGUGUAUGGGAGCGUGUGUGUACUGUACUACUGCUGUGUGUUUGAGGGUGAGAGAAGAGUGCCUUUCUGAGGAUACCCUGAUGAAAAACAGAGCCGGGGUUUUCAGGCAGAGCCCCUGUGUGUUCCUCCGCACAGCUACCCUGGGGGACCCACCGUGCACCAUCGCUGCCGCCUGUCAUCUCCACGACAACUAGAAUGGGCUGCAAUUUGUGCACUUUACAGAAACGGGAGGAACACUACAAACUGCUGUAUGAGAUUGCACAGGUGAAUGGCAGGGACUACUCCAAAGCCAGCCAUGAUGAGGUGGUGGAGGUCAUCAGGAGAGACCCCAUCGUGGUGCAGGUCGUCCGUCGCCAUGGCAACCCCGCCCACGCACACCAAACAUUUAAGGAGGUGCACGUGGUGGACGUGUGCACGCAGACUGACAUCACCUUCGAACACAUCAUGGCCCUGGCUAAGCUGAGACCUGCUACUCCACCUGUACCCGACAUCUGCCCCUUCCUGCUGUCAGACAGCUGUCACUCCAUCCACACCAUGGAGCAUGAGUUCUACGAGUGUCCAGAGUACCUCUCCAACACCCCAGCUGAAGUGGACAUGCCAGAUGAGUUUGAGUACGAGCAGGUAGAGCUGUGCCGGCUCAACAGUCAGGAGAAGUUGGGUCUGACGCUGUGCUAUCGGACUGACGAUGAAGAGGAUACAGCUAUCUACGUCAGCCACGUUGGACCCAAUAGCAUCGCUGCCAGGGAUGGGCGCAUUAGGGAAGGAGAUCGAAUAUUACAGAUCAACGGCUGUGACGUACAGGACAGGCAGGAAGCUGUCGCUCUCCUGUCCAGUGAGGAGUCCAGGAGUAUCGUUCUCCUGGUGACCAGACCAGAGGAGGCGUGGCUUGAUGAGGAGCACAAUGAAGUCCUUGAGGAGCUGAAGAUGGAGAUCCUAGAGGAGAGGAGGAACGAGGAGGCGCAGAAGACAGGAGGAGGAGAGGAGCAGGCCAAGCAGCUGGAGGAGGAUGACGUCAUGACAGACACGGCCACGUGUUCGUCCAAUACUCAGGACAAAGACAGCGGUAUGGGGACGGGGCGCAACGAGGAGAGCUCCGAACAGGAAGUCCUCCUAGCCCGUGUACAUCGGAGGCCUGCCCAGGGCCUGAGAGACCGAUGGAGGGCCGAGCAUGGCCAGGGGCUGGGCAGGAGGGUGGUGCCCUCGGACACCCAGGGACCCAGGGGUCUGAUCCAAGCCCAGGACGGUGAGGGAGGAGUGGGGUUAGGACUGGAGUGUGACAGCCGCUUCCAGCAGCUCGUGGAGCUCAAGUGCCAGAUCCGUAACGGCGGGGAGUGUGGUGUGUACUACAGCAGGAGAAGCACCAUGGAGUGCAGCCUGACGGAGCAGAGCGGGGUGGGGGUCAGUGAUGGAGGAGGGAUGGAACAGGAGCUGAGGAUGUUGAACGAGGAGCUGAGGAGUAUCGAGCUGGAGUGUCAGAGCAUCAUGCAGGCCCACCAGCUCCGCAAGACCAAGAGGGACCCCCCCUGCGCCCCUAUCUGCUCCCCAGGACGGAGCCCCAAAGACGGGCGUAAGCGGCAUGCCAAGCUGGCCGAUAUCAACGAGCAUCCAGGGGAGAGGCCGUGGGACAGCGACAAGCUAAGGGGGGACAAGGACAGCUCCAGUGCCUAUAACACAGCUGAGAGCGCCAGGUCCACUCCUCUAGGCAUGGAGAGAUCCCCGGACCACUCUCUACAGAGACGCAUCAGCCUCACCAACCAGAAGAACCUCCAGAGUACAAUGGCAGCCUCCGGCCAGUCCAUCUCCAUCCCCAUCCCAGACAGAGAGCUCCAGAGUGGGACCUCGACCGGGCACAGCCGACAGGAUCCCAACCCCAGCCCAGGCACCACGGUCAUCUCCAGCAGCCCCGACCAGUCCAACCCCUCCCCCUCCGAGUCAGACCCGGCCCUGCCUGCAGACGACGAGCGCUGCGACCGCACCAGGAGCCACCGGGGGCCACCCAAGGUCCCUACCUACCCAUCCCCCUACCACACAGCCCCCCAGCAGGGCCAGGGCGCCUCUCCGGCCCACGCCAGACACCUUCAGAGCUACAUGCAGCAGCUCCUCCAGCAGACCUCCAGUCUGGAGACCUACUCCCAGUCCCAGCUCAGCCUCCUCAGUGUCUGCCGGGAGCGCUCCGGCCGCCCGGGGGAACCACGCCUCGAGUGGAAGGUCAAAGUUCGAGCCGACGGGACGAAGUAUGUAACCCGGCGCCCGGCGAGGGACCGAAUUCUACGAGAACGGGCGCUGAGGAUCAGGGAGGAGCGUAGUGGAGGGAUGACCACGGACGACGACGCUAUGUCCGAGAUGAAGAUGGGGCGGUACUGGAGUAAAGAGGAGAGGAAGCAGCAGCUGGCCAGAGCCAGGGAGCAGAGGAGGAGGAGGGAGUACAUGCAGAGGAGCCGGCUGGAGUGUCUCAGAGAGGGGCCGGGGAGCGGGGCCGAGGGCCGUAAAGAGGUCAACAUCCUGGAACUCAGCCACAAGAAGAUGAUGAAGAAACGCAACAAGAAGAUCCUGGAUAACUGGAUGACCAUCCAGGAACUAAUGAGUCACGGGGCCAGAGCACCUGAGGACCAGGGGACUAAACAAGUACACAAUGCCUUCCUGUCUGUUACUACAGUAUAGGACCACAGCUCUGGGUAGAAGUUACCCUGUACACACAGAUUUAGGAUCAGUUGAAACUACCCAGGUCGGGCAUUAACUAUUUGGAGGAUAAUGCAACUGACCUCAGAUCAGUGUCUAGGGACAACCUUGCCUCAUACCCCUCUCUCUCUCUCUCUCUCUCUCUCUCUCUCUCUCUCUCUCAUCGCGUCCAUGCGGUAUGACCUUACUUGCCUCGUUCAAUGUGGCAUUUUUUAUAAUGGGGAAAGUACGAUAUUUUUCACACUUUGUAAACUCAAUAACAUUUUGUAAAAUGUUUUUUUUACACUGGUUGUCGAUGUACUGUAAUAUGUUUUCUGCAGUUGCUUAUUUAUGAUGUCAUGAAACAUGUUUCUAUCAUAAUCUGAAUUCUCCGUAAACCACAUCGUCAUCGAAGUCAAAGACAUCGUUGUACGUUAUCAUGUAUGCAUUGUUUAUCCAACAUGGCAGUGAUUAACUGUAGCGGUCAGAAAUGUGACGACCAUUGACCAGACAACUGAGAACAAACACUUGAACAC